AUGUGGCUUGCGAACCCGCUGCAUAAGAUCCGUGAGGAGUGGGUGCAGGCGCUCACCCUGCGCUUAGAACUCUAUAAUGAGCAGGAGCAGCUCAACGAGUGCGAUCUCAGCGUGAUUGUGGCUAUGAUCUCAAUUCUGCUACGCAACACCACUCCACAGACGUGCCCGGCGCUUCCUACCAUCACCCUUCUGCUAAAGUGUAUGGCUGAAGGAGGCAUGAGUGCUUGGAUAGAGCGCGAGAUCCUCUUUGAACCACUUUUUCAUCUACUCGAAGACGAAUCACUCCUGCGGCGAGAGCCGAAGACGCUCCUCAGAAUCGUCGAAACAUUUCUGUGCGCCACCGCCGCUGAUACCAAGGAAAACGCGGGGGGGAGCCCACUGGAGGGCAUCCAGCAAGGCUCCACGGCGAGCAUCUCCUCCCGGUUGGUUGGGUUGGGGAUUACGCCCGUCUUAAACACACUUCUGCAGCGCUUGCUCAACCUUGAGGCCGCGUCGGCGGACGAGGAAGCCGAUAGUACAUUCGUGCGGCAUUCCAUUAUGAGCGCCGUUUGCGGGAUUUACCGCAAUUUAAGCGCGGGCUACGCGCAUCAUCUUCGGGAAGUGGGGACGGUGGAGCUGCUUUUGGCUGUGCUAGAGGCUAUGGCAGCCUACACCGUCAUCGUGGCGGCUGCUUCUCGAGCUUUAGUGAAGUUUGUCUUCGACGUGGACUCCCUGCGAGCGCUUCGGGACAACAACCGCGUGAUAUCAGCAGCGGCCACGGCGUUAGCGCACCAAAUUAGCCUUCGCAAAACGAAGCAGUCGAUCCGCACCGAGGAUCGUGAGCAGGGCGAAGAAAGCGAGGCGUCGUACCUGCUUCUCCUGGUAUCCCGUCUUUGCAGCGUCAUCGGGCUCGUCGUGCAGGGCUCCCCAUCGCAUCGAGAGUACUUUGUGCAGCACCACACGAGUCUGUUGGAGGAGCUGGUAAAUCAAUUUGUGGCGAACACGCCACACCGGCCACCGCUCCCCGGGGCAUCCUCGCCGAUAAGCGAUGGGGGUGAGCAGGGCGAGAUGACGGUCGUGCAAGGCGCGGUGUGGUUGGUUGGGGUGGCAGCGACGAGCCCGCAUUGCAACUUGGAGUUCGUCAUGCGGGUUGCCGCCAUGCUGGUGCGAUAUCUGACGGAGCUGGAGUUCACCCCCGCCACCCGGCUGAAUGCCAUCUACGUGCUCAUGUGCAUCAGCAACCUAUCCUGCCACUUCCACCGGAUGGAGGAUGAUAACGAAAGCAGCGACGAGCUUCUUGAGCUUUUCAACACCUUAGGCCCCAUCCUGGCGGGGUUCCUUUUCGAAGGCGACGUCGAAGCCACCGUCGAGGCCACCCGGGUGCUGGGAAACGUCUCUUAUACCAGCGCUGGCCGUGAUUGGAUGGAAGCGAACCGCUGCGAUGAGGUGGUAGUGAUUUUUGCCGGACAUGAAGAUCUGCGGAUUGUGUACAACUGCUUUGGGAUACUUCUCAACUUAACGGCGGGCACGCGCUGCCGCGUCGUCGAGGAUCCUCAGCUGCUUAAAAUGCUCUUGCAACACACGGAUCGAUACACGCGGCGGGAUGACAUUGACAAGGCAGCCGCCGAGGAAGGCAGCCGUCUAAGACAGACGCAGGGCGCCGGGGGGGGUCUUCACCGGAUUCACAAUCUUACGCCCCUGUCUCCACGAGAUUUAAAAGAUGCCGGUUCCUCCGCCACCUCCAUCGACGCACCGGAGGCGUUGGCGAAAGAUUACGCCGAGCAGACAGCAGACUUGGUGGAGAAAUUGCUUAUGAAUGUUAAAGGUCUGGUGCUAUGCGCCGCAGACGAAGAAGCUGAGGAGUCUGAGGAGGAGUCGUGA